AUGAGGGAGGCUCAAAAUUACGACACCAGCACUGAGGAAAAUGUGGAGGAACGUGAUUUGAGUCCAAUAAAUGAACUUCCACCAGCUGUUCGUGCACACGUUACGACUUUUUCAACACCGUCAUCAACAAAGAGCGAAGAAAAUGUUGCACAAAAUUCAUAUUUCUCCGUCAGAGUAUUGCGUUCAAUAGCAGGUGAGAGAUGGAUACUUAUCUGCCCCCAAAAAACAAUGACAAUUAUGGAUGCGAUUCGAAAGCGAUUAUUGGAGCACCAGUUGGAGGAAACCCUUUGCGUUGACAAACAGAUUAUACCAUUUACAGGGCGCAUGGGAAUGAAGCAGUAUAUACGUGGUAAACCUUGUCCAUGGGGAAUAAAACUCUAUGUGCUUUGUGGAAAAAGUGGAAUGCUGUAUGAUUUCAUUGCUUAUCAGGGCUCAUCCACUGAAAUUGAACCAAGCCUUAUCAACAAACAUGGUUUUGGUGCUUCCAUCCCAUUACAGCUGCUAAAAAGAGUGCCCCAAGAUUCAACUGGUCACCAAGUUUACAUAGAUAAUUUCUUCACCACGUAUUCUCUACUUGAAAUUUUGGAGAAAAGGAAAAUUCUAGCAGCUGGCACAAUUCGUAUAAAUCGCUUUCGGAACCCACCUCUCUCCACAGAUGCUGUAAUAUGA